UAAUAAUUGAAAAGGCUACGAGGGGUGUGAGGGCGGCAGAGUGGACAGUAGAUAAGCUACCAGCAGAGUGCUACGUGUUACGUUUAUACUGUAAAUAGUAGCACGCGCUCCCUCAGUAGGCGGAAGAUUUGCGCGUCGCACGCACCUCUGCAUAGCCCCGCGCGUGCGCUCCGGUCACCGUCCGGCAGCACUGCUGCGUCCACGAGUUUGCAUUUAAAAUGUCGUUUUUCACGACCAAUUGAAUCAGUGUUCGAAAUUUGGACUGAGAAUAUUAGCUCAAUUUAAUUUUUCAAAUAUAUUUUAUUAUUUUGUAAUAAGAACUGUCAAAAUGGUUAGUGGCAACAAAGACCCAAGCGACCCGAAAAAGAUUCCGCCGAAGGAGAGAGUGAAAAAGUCCAAUAAUUAUAUUAGAGCGAAUUUCUUCUCGCGAGCAUGGUUCGUCUGGAUGAUGCCCACGUUCUGGCGGGGCUACAAGAGAGACCUCUAUGACUCCGAUCUCACAAAACCCAAGGAAAGCCACCACUCUGACAAACUUGGGGAUCGCUUGGAAAAGAAAUGGUUAGAAGAGAUAGCAUUAGCGCACAAGAAGGGGCGCAAGCCGUCGCUUCUGCGUGCUAUGACAAAGGCCUUCUGGAUGAGCUACGCGCCGUCUGGAAUAAUGUUCCUGGUCCAGGCACUCGUUCUCAAGCCAUUCCAACCCGUAGCGUUGAGUAUGAUGUUGACCUAUUGGGAGCCAGGGUCCAACAUGACGUACGAGCAGGCGAUUUACUGCGCGUCAGCUGUCAUCCUCAUGUCGUUGUUCAUCGCAUUUCUGAACCACCAUGGAACCUACUCCACCCAGCAAUUCGGCAUGAAAGUCCGCAUAGCAACCUGCUCCUUAAUUUACAGAAAGGUCAUGCGCAUGAGUUCUGGUGCAUUGGCGCAAACUACGGCUGGUCAAGUUGUCAAUCUCCUCUCGAAUGACGUUAACCGUUUCGACUACGCAUUCAUCUACGCUCAUUUCAUCUGGCUGCUGCCCCUGCAAGUUGUGGUCGUGUGUUACCUCAUUUACAUCAAGAUCGGAUACGCUGCGAUCGUCGGAGUCGUCGGUAUCGUUUUACAAACAAUACCAGUACAAUCGUAUAUGAGCAAACUGGCAGCCAGACUCAGGAUGAAAACCGCAUGCAAGACGGAUGAGCGCGUGCGCAUUAUGGACGAAAUAAUUAGUGGCAUGCAGGUCAUCAAAAUGUACGCCUGGGAAAAGCCAUUCGAGCAAGUGGUAGCUUUAGCUCGUAAAAACGAGAUCAAGUGCAUCACUUCCGCUUCCUACUUGCGCGGUGUCUACCUCAGCUUCAUGGUGUUCACGGAGCGCCUGUCUCUCUACAUCACCCUUCUCUCUUACUCCCUAUUCGGGUAUCAAGUCACUGCUGAUAUCGUAUUUCCCUUGGCGCAAUUCUUCAACACUCUACAAGGGACCCUAUCGAUUAUAAUGUCGAACGCUGUUUCGUUCUUAGCUGAGGCCAUGAUAUCGGUGCAACGCCUCGAGGCGUUUAUGCUGCUCGAUGAACGUGAGGAUCUGCGCAGCGUCGCUAAUGUUGACAUAGCAAAAUUGGUGCAAAGUGUAGAAAAGAAAAAGAUAAAAAAUUUGAGCGAAGAGGACCUCUGCCAAAAUACUUUCAAGAAGAUCGAUGAAGAAGGCAUAUUCAAUCCAAGCUUCGACUGCAACGAAAAGGGACCCCUGAAGCAGGCGUUAAGCUCGUUGAAUCCAGAUGUGGGCAUACAACUCCAAGAUGUUUGCGCCAACUGGACUGAGGACGGACCCGUCACUCUACGUAACAUUAACGUCACAAUCCCCAAAGGCAAACUGUGUGCUAUCAUCGGCUCCGUGGGCUCUGGAAAGAGUUCUAUACUACAUCUUCUCUUAAACGAACUAAGAGCGACAAGUGGUCGAAUAUACCUAUCAGGACCUCUGUCUUAUGCAAGCCAAGAACCAUGGCUCUUCGUGGCUACUGUCCGCCAAAAUAUACUAUUCGGUCUGCCAUAUAAUUCUAAAAAGUACAAAGAAGUUGUAAGAGUUUGUGCUCUGCAAAAAGACUUCCAACAGUUCCCACACGGUGAUCAGACCCUCGUCGGUGAAAGAGGAGCGUCGCUCUCUGGUGGUCAACGAGCUCGGAUUAAUCUUGCUAGAGCAGUAUACAGACAGGCUGAUGUUUACCUCCUGGAUGACCCACUGUCUGCCGUGGACGCUCACGUGGGCCGCCAGCUGUUCGACGAGUGCAUCGGCGGCUACCUGCGACACACCACACGAGUCCUGGUCACCCACCAGUUGCACUACCUCAAGGACGCUGAUUAUAUCCUCAUUAUGAAUAAUGGUGCCGUAGAAGCAAAAGGAACUUACGAUGAACUAAUGAGUUCCGGCCUAGACUUUGCUAAAUUACUAUCUUCCAGCCACGAUGAGAACGAAGACAAAAAAGAUAAGCCACCUCCAAUGACCAGACGAACUUCCUCGAGAUUGUCGACUACUCGUCGUCCUUCGAUAACAGAAUCAAUGACAGGCUGUGAUAUUCCUGCUCAAGAAAUGGAAGAAGAGGAGCGAGAAUCAGGAUCCAUGGGCUGGCGUGUGUAUAACGCUUAUAUGAGAGCUGGAGGAAAAACCGCCAGACUCGCGUUCAUGGUCAUACUUCUAAUAGUGGGACAACUCUCCGCCACGCUUUGCGACUACUGGGUUACUUUCUGGACAAAUGAGGUAACACGAAUGAAGGAGAGAGAAGAUAACACCACAACCAAAGAUUACGACGGGAUAAUUAUACCAAAAAAUGGAACGUUCGACUUUUCCAGUUACUUUGCUGGUAUUGAACAAAGAGCAGAUUUGGAGAUCGAAGCCAACAUCGGGCCCCUAAACACGGUCCAGUACCUGUACAUUUACUCAGCAUUGAUAGUGUGCUGUAUCUUCUUCAUCACUGCUCGCGCCUUCAUGUUCUUCAAAGUGUGCAUGACCGCCUCCCGCAAUCUGCAUAAUGAUAUGUUCCACUCUUUGCUCAGAGGAGUCAUGAGGUUCUUUGACACCACCUCUUCCGGUCGUAUACUCAAUAGAUUCUCCAAAGACAUCGGCGCUUUAGACGAACUUUUGCCACGUUUUCUACUGGAAUGUAUCCAAAUCUACCUCGUGAUGUUCAGCAUUUUAACUCUGAACGCUGCGGCGCUAGUAUGGACCUUACUGCCCACCACCAUCAUCCUACUUCUAUUCUAUACUAUAUUACAAAUUUAUCUGAAGUCGGCGCAAUCAAUUAAGCGAUUGGAAGGCACGACUCGCAGCCCUGUGUUUUCGCACAUGUCUGCAACACUCAACGGCAUAAGCACAAUCCGGUCAUCGGGCGCUCAACAGAGGCUCAUCACAGAGUUCGACAAAUUUCAGGAUAUCCACACAUCGACUUGGAGCAGUUACCUGGCGAGUGGUGUGACACUCGGCUUUUGGCUUGAUUUCAUCUGUGUGCUAUAUCUUGCUAUAGUGAUCAUUGCAUUCCUCGUGAUCGACAGCAAAACUAUCUUCUCGGGCAACGUCGGUUUGGCAAUAUCCCAGACGCUCAUUUUAACGGGCAUGUUACAAUUCGGCGUCCGACAGACGGCUGAAGUAAUCUCACAAAUGACGAGCGUGGAACGUAUCCUACAGUAUACGCACAUUGAGCGCGAGAGUCAGUGGGAAAAAGGAGAGCGUGAGACACCUAAAGGCUGGCCAUCACGCGGUCGCAUCGAGUUCCGCAAUUGUUACAUGAAAUAUACGCCUGAAGAUCUACCCGUACUCAAAAACUUGAAUUUGGUCCUUGAAAGCGGGUGGAAGGUGGGUAUUGUGGGACGAACAGGCGCUGGCAAAUCGUCUCUCAUAUCGUCGUUGUUCCGCUUAGCCAUAGUCGAGGGCGAGAUCCUCAUCGAUGACGUGAACACUGGACAUUUGGCUUUACAAGAGCUGCGUUCACAGAUCUCCAUCAUUCCUCAGGAGCCUGUAUUAUUUUCGGCCACAGUGCGAUACAACCUGGAUCCUUUCAACAACUAUGACGACGAUCAACUCUGGAAUGCACUCGAAGCUGUGGAUUUGAAGGAAGCUGUACCCGCGCUGGACUUCAAGGUGUCAGAGGGCGGGUCGAACUUCUCGCUGGGGCAGCGGCAGCUGGUGUGCCUGGCGCGCGCCAUUCUGCGCGGCAACCGCAUCCUGGUGCUCGACGAGGCCACCGCCAACGUAGAUCCCAAAACCGACGAAUUCAUCCAAAGAACGAUACGGAAGCGAUUUGCUGAAUGCACGGUGUUGACUGUGGCUCACCGUCUGAACACCAUUAUGGAUUCGGACCGCGUCAUGGUUAUGGACGCGGGACGCCUGGUUGAAUUCGACCACCCUUACUGUCUGCUCAACAACCCAAACUCACACUUCACCAAAAUGGUGAACGAGACUAGUGACAAAAUGUCGGCACAACUUUACCAGAUCGCGAAAGACACAUACAUAAAAAACGGAGGUAUCGUGGAGUAGCAUACGAGUGAGAGCAUAUCGAUUAAAUCGUUAUUUAUGUAUUGAUAAAGCAUGUGCAUAUCGGCGAUGGAUGUAUUAUAAAGAACGGAAUUUGUGAUGAAUAUCUGUCGAAUCAAGACAUUAUUUGAUAAUCUAAAGCUGUACUACUGAUAAACGAUAAUCGCUGUAACACGAACUUCGUUGUGUCACAUGAAUAUUAGCGUACUUGAGCGUACUACAAUAUAGAAACUAUAUAAAGCAUGGUGCUCCCACACCUGCGCGACGAAGCUUCGGAUAGCUUUGGUACUAAAUUUAAGUUCUGUCAUAAUGAAUUAGCGGGCUGCGGCUCUAUGGAUGCAUUGAGACGAUAGCUUGACUGGCGAUAAUUGGACUGUCUAAAAGAGAUUGUGGAAAACGAUAAAUUUGGAUAGCUAGAGGAGCGUACUUAAUUCAAAGUUCGAACGCAAAUUUAAGCGCAUUUUAAUACCUAAGCCAACCGAAACUUCGUCAGGUAUUAGGUGUGGGAUAAGCAUCCAGAGUGGGCGGACGGCGAUGACGAUACGAUAUAUCGAAAGACAAUUUUAAGACUAACAGCGCGGAGUUCCGUAUUCGUUAAAUUUAAUGUCUUAACUGAUUAUUAAAUAAGUUUAUUUAUAAUUGAUUUUACAUUUGUUCCAAAGCCGUUCUAUUGAUCUAUUGAUAAUAUACAUUUAUGAUAAUAUAUCCGACUGAUACACACACGCAGCCUAACAGUUAGAUAAUUUGUCAAAUACAAGCAAAUGUGAAUAAUAUUUUGAUUAAUUUGUAAGGUAUGUUUCACUAUUGAAAUGUAAUGUAAUAUAAAGGUAUACCUAAGUGAAUGAUUCUGUUGAAUUUAAAUGUAUUGUGCUGUACUUCGGAAAUUAGUGCAAAAACUUUCAUAAAGUAACUUACAUAAUUCACAAAGUAACAUUUAAUUUUAAUUAUUAGAUCUGAUAGUGUGUCUUGGACAAUCUAAAUUAACUGCAUUUCAUUUACCGCGAUGGGAUGUUACAAAUGAUGUUCGCUUUACAGUUAGGUACGCAUUUUCAACCUAAUUAUAAACCUAGCAAUUAUUUACGAAUAGGCUAUAAGAAAGGAGAUUGCUCAAAUUGGCCCAAACGUACAAAAAAUAUUGACAUAUACGGUAAUUCUUGGCGUAAUUUAUAUCUCAUUUUACAGUCAUUGGAUUUUAACGGACACCUUUGUAUAAUAUAUUCAUUUUAACAAGGACUUUUAAUUUUACCGGUUUGGAAAACAUACGAAUCAUUUUUAAUGCCUAUGGAUGUAGUAACAUUCAGCCAAAGACUGAUCAAAGUUGUUUAAAUAACAUCAAAACAAAUCUAUUUUGUAAAGAUCGAUAAAAUACAUCUUUUUUUUAUUACACUGUGGUAUUAAUAUCCACAACUAUAUUAUCAUUUUCACUACAUGCAAAUGUGCUAAGAUAAUUAUUAUAGAUGGUAGGCCACGUCAUAAAGUCUAUUGCCAUAAAUUUUUCGCCAAACACCUCCAUACGACAUUAUAAGGUGUCUUACACUAAAAAUCUAAAAUAUGGUUAUAGUAAAAUAAUGAAGCUUAGCUAACUAAAUUAACGAGAGUUUAAAAAUUCUGUCUAAUCUGUGGCUCAUUCACAAUCAUCACACAGUUUCUGUCACAGAGUACAUUAUUAAACCGGAAAUGCAUAAAUGAUACCUGAUUUUAAAAGUUACUCUUGUGCAUUAACUUUAUGAACAGGCAACUAUCUGUUAAUCUACCUGUUCUAUAUACCUGAAUCUAAUGCGUGAUUUCGGUACUUGGCUUCAUUUCCCUAGUUUACCAUAAGUUCUCAGGGGUGUCCGUCAAUAAUAUUCGUUUCUACAGUAAUUUAUAUAUAAUUUCGAAUCUACGAAACAAUUUUUCAUGAUUAUUGGUCUUUAGGCCAAACAUGUAUGGAAGCUGAGCAAUCUCCUUUGAUGAAAUUUAGAUCUUUGUUUGUAUUUUAUUUUAGGUUUUUGUUUGUAUUUAAGAAAUGUCUCUUUAAUAUUGUUGAAUGUCCGACAUUAAUAGUGCAUGAGAAGUUAAAAACAAUAAGUUUACUAUAAAAUAUCGUUCUGUAAACAACGCACAUAAUGAAAUUCAGGGUAAAAAAGAAUUUACGACAAAUUUGUGUUAAGAAAAUAAGAAGACGUAUUUUUAUCCUUUUGCAUUCGAAAGUUUUAUCCUAUAGACUUAAUAUGCCCGAAUUCGGCUAAGCAGGGUAAUUUUUUACUGGUUUUAAGUAACUAAGUAAAUGAUUCGUCAUUAAAUACUGUGCUAUGAUGAUCUUUGUCCCAACACCAAGUUUAUUCAUACGUAAGUGACGAUUUGACAUGUUUUAAUUUAUUUAUUAUACGUACCUAAAAGCAAAACAUCAUAGGUACCUACUUUAUUAGUUACUAAACAAUAAAAGUUGCUUCAGUGUUUUUAAAAUAACAUUAUGCAUUUAUUAGUAAGAAAACAAUUUAUUCAUUUACUCACAAUUGUUUAAAAUUUUAUGUUCACAUAUAAGAAAGAACAAGUUGUAAAAGCAUUGAAACAUGACAGAUCGUCUUUUAGAUCUUGCUGCUAACGGCACCUAAAUAAAUAAGUUCGUAUAUUUUAAGGAAAGCAUAGAAACUGUGUUAUUUAUUACGAUAAUAAUUUGUGAUAAGUCGUAACUAUAUCAUUAAUAUUUGAAUGUUAAUGUGCCCCUACCAUUGUGAAUGCCAUAGAGGUAAAUCCUCGAACAAAAUAAAUUAAAUAUAACAAAA